AUGUCCACCCCCCUCGUCUUCCCCCGCCCCAACGCGCCCCUUUCUACAGGGCAAGCGCCUAUCCGCGCCCCCUCCGAAGAAGACUUCAUCAGCACGUUUGGCGCGCUGCUGCCGCCGGCGCGGUACGUGGAGUUGGCGGAGGGGAGGGCGGCGUAUUAUGUGUUUCCGGGGGCGGGUAGGGAGACUGCUGAGACCCGCGAGACUGCUGGGACUGGCGGUACUGCUAAUACCCUCCCCACCCACGCCCUCCUCGUCCACGGCGUCCAGACGCCCGCCCUCGGCCUGCUCCCGUUGGUGCGUGAACUGCGCUCCCUGUUCCCGAGCACCACCUUCGCGCUGCUCGAUCUGUGGGGCCACGGGCUGAGCGACGGCGUGGUGCGGGCGCAGGAGGGGGCGUUGUUUGAGGGGUUGGUUGGGGGGGUGUUGGGGGCGCUGGGGUGGGACAGCGACAGCUCGGAGGCGGGCGGGAAACGGGUCGCGCUGGUGGGCUACUCGUUCGGCGCGGUGGUGAGCAUGGGGUUCGUUUCCUCGACCUCGCCCGCCAGCAGAUGCGUGGCUAGUCUCGCACUCGUCGCGCCCGCGGGUCUGCUCAGGAAGAGCUGGUUCUCGGAGCAAGAGCUGGGCUACCUGAGCCCCGACUGUUCGCCCGCCGAUGAAGAAGCCGCCGCGGACUGGACCAUCCGCACCCUCGAAGGCGGCGAAUUGACUGUCCCCGCAGACUGGCGCGAGAAAGUCGCAGCCGGCGAGAUCGUCGCCCAAGCCCUCAAACAGUGGCAACUCGACCACCACGCGGGCCACGCGGCCACAGUAACAGGUAUUUUCCGCGACGGCGGGGUGUUCGAGAACGAAGAGCUUUUUCAAAGGGCGAAGGGGACGGGGGUCCCGUUGUUUGCAGUAUUGGGGGAGCUGGAUGGGUUGACGGAUGAGCAGGAGGUGCGGGGGUUGGGGGUUGAGACGAGGGUUGUGGAGGGGGUGGGGCAUGGGGUUGUGAGGGAGAGGGAGGGGGAGGUUGCGCGGUUGAUAGGGGGGUUUUGGCGGGGGUUGUAG